AAGAAAUUAAGCUCUUACUUCAGUUUCAGAAGCGUCUUGCUCAAAGGCAAAGCAAUCUAGGCUACAAGUACAACGGAUUACGAGGUACAAGCUGAAUACAGAGGGAGCCGGAACACUAUUUAUCAAUAUCAGUCCCAUCUACUGAAAUCUGUGUUGCCUUGGAAUUGAAAUUUGGAAACCAUGGAUACAGAGGCCGGUGAAGCGAGCGGAUCGGGAUACGUCGGGAGAGAUACGGAAAAGGAUUGUGAUGAUGGUUUUGUUGAUGAAGAUGAACUCUUUGACGAACUAGAAAACGAGGACAUUCCAGCGAGCAUCCGAGAAGCUAGGAUGGAUCAGAUGAAGAGAGAAGCUGAAGCGGCCAGAGCCAUGGAAGACAAGGGACUUGGUCUUUAUACUGAGAUUGAAAAGGAAGGUGAUGUGCUGAAGUUAACGACUACUAUUCCAAGAAUUAUCAUUCACUUCUAUCACACUGACUUCAGAAGAUGUAGCAUAAUGGAUAAACAUUUAAAAGUACUAGCGGAGCAAUAUCGAGAUGUUAAGUUCAGCAAGGUUUGCGUUGAUCUGGUACCAUUCUUUGUAACUAAACUCCAAAUUCAAGUUCUACCUGCUGUCCUCCUCUUUAUUGACGGGGUUGUUGUAGAUAGGAUUGUUGGUUUUGAGGAAAUAGGAAAUACAGAUUCAUUCACAACAGCUACUUUAGAAAAGAGGAUAGCUAAAUCAGAAAUCAUCAAGCCUCAAAUUGCUGCUGGGUCCACCAACAAAACAAUCUUUGGGUUUGAGAGGAGAAGGGAUGACAGCAGUGAUGAAGACUUUUGAUGACACCUCCCAGGAAACUAGAUGAUCUUCUUUCAAUGGACAGUAACCUUUCACAAAGACAGGGAUGGAGUCAAGGUCAGUAGAUCCAAGUCACACAGCCACUGGAGAAGACAUUCUCCCAUAGACUUUGUACACACAUGAUUGGGGCCAAGGCUGGUGCCCUUGACCCCAUCCCCGCAAAGAGCUGAAUUGCUAAAGCUCUAUCAUAAGAAUCCUGUAUCAUAGGCUCUUAUACCCUCAUUUCAUUAUUUUGAAGGUGCAGGAUGUAGGUAUAAAGGGUAAACCAAAUGUGACAUUCCAGCACACAAAAAAACAAUCAAUUGCUGAUUUCAGUAUCAAUGUUUUAAAAUAUGUUUGUAUAUUCCAAAGAGGAAAUUCUAAGCUUAAAAAUCGUUAUAAGUACAAUGUAAUUUGCUGUGAUUGGAAGAAUUAAAUUGUUUGAAAUAUCACUGGAAAUGUGAGAAAGUCUGACUUGUAACUUUCCAAAGAACAAGGGAGAGUCUCAGAGAUGCAGACAUGUUUCAUGUUCAGCACAAAAAGGUUUAAUCAAACUUCCUCUUUCAGUGUGAAAUGAAACUUGGCAGUCUUUAGGUUCACACUCUUUCUGAUCUGGACUAAAAAAGUCUGACAAUAGCUUUCUAUCAUGUUAAGUUCACUUACUUUAAAAUUAUCUUGAUAAGUAUACCAAGAUUUUGUGAGUUUGAGGCUUUGAAUAAAAGUGAGCUCAUCAUUUUCAAACACUGAAAAUGUUUAUUUGUAGAGUACAUGCAUACAUAUCUGAUCCAGAUUUUUUUUCAGAUAGCAAACUAAUUUAUCACACUUUAUCCUCUUGUUUUGGCUUUAAUUGUAACUUCCUGAUUGCUUUAUGUUGGAGGGUCACAUUUGUACAACAAUCCAGGGUAAAUUUAUUGUACAAUCAAGUUAUCAGGAAGAAAUAAAAGUAAUAUAUUUCGAAUUUCCACUGAGUAGUUUGUAUAAACGGACUAUACAUUACCAAACGACAUUAAUGAAAACAUUUUUUUUUGUAGUUGAAGAUUUAAAACACUUUUUUUUAUAAGUAUCUUUCAUUUGAUUAUUGUAUACACUCAUUCUGUAUAUUAUGCUAAACUAUCUGUACAUUUUUUUUUUCAUUUUUAUUGUCAUUUGAAAGUGUUUACAUGUGUGUUUGUAAUAGUUUUUAUACUUUUGUCCUUAAUCAGACCUACAAGACCAGUGGGACUGAUUCAAUUUUUGUCUGUCAGAUUCCAGAUUCAUACAUUUAUUUCACUUGACUGCUUGCUUUUACCAGAUGUCUAUAAAUAGAAGUCUGUACUAUGAUCAUUUGUUUAAAUGUGCAAUUUGUCAUUGAAGAAGAAUGGAAACCACAGGUAAUUGGUUCGAGCCUUGUCAGAUAUGGUGAGACAGAUCUCAGCCAGGUGUGGAUCUAGCCGGAUUAGGCACAAUAGUUUUGAGAGGCCGAUGAUUGUGCAAAAACAAUAUGGCCCUUGCUUGUUGUGUCUAAUCCAGCUGGAUCUGCGCCUGAGCUCAGCAACAUUUUUUGUAUUGAUUUCGAAACAUGGUCAGACAAAUUCAUUACAUAACGAUUUCAUGAUGGUGGUAUAUCAUGACCCAUGCCAGGUGUAAUGAGUAUGUCCGCACAUCCUGUGCAAUUUUUUGAAAGUGUACUUUCCACAAAUUUAGGGGGGAAUCUGUACAAUGGCUUUUUGUUGGCUUGCAAAGAUGCAGACAUUUUUAAUUGCCUUAUAUGCCAUUGAGGUUGUACACAAGAUGCUGCAGUUUGAAUGAGGCUUUAGAUUUUUUCGGAGGGGAGGGGGGGGGGGGUCAGGUUGGAUUGGAGGGAGCAAUGGGGAAAAUAGGAAGAGUGUGGUAUCUGGUAUGUUUGUCAUUUUUGAAACAUUUGUUUGUGAUGUACCGUUUUUAUGCUCUUGCGAAUGUAUUGAUGUGGAUUUAUGUAAUAAAUUAACAUUUCCAAAUUCAA